AUGCAUAUAGAAAUGGUGCUGUCCGAGCCGUCCAUGGCAUAUCCGAGUCCGCCUUCUUUCACAGGUUCCAUCUCCUCCAAAUCAUACAGCGUCGGCAACAUGGGUGGCAAUCAGACGACAAACGUUGACGGUCGCGCCCUCGACAUCGCCCGCAACACCGAAGGCGACCUUGAUCCGAGUGUUCGAGAGUAUCUGGAAAGCGCACUCAACGACAUCUGGGGUCGCAUACAGCAGCAUCCAGACUCCUACCUCCUCAGCAAGGACGAGUUCGCCGUCUUCAACUUCUACAUUCAGCGCUUCAACGGCUUGCAAGAAGCUGAACAGGCUAUCGCUCGCUACUGGCAUCACGCUCAGCAAGGCUAA